AUGGCCCUUCAGCCUUGUGAGGGUAUGCCACCCCGCCAGUGUGCCGUGUGCCACAGCAGGACCAAGCUCUCCCGCUGUGCGGGUUGCCAGGUCGUCUACUACUGUGGCCGCGACCACCAAGUCAGGCAUCGGAAAGCGCACAAGUCCGACUGUAACCAGAUCAAGGAGUAUCGCGAGAGAUACCUUCAAGAGGAGAACGCCCUCCGCAACGGCGCCGAGUCCGAAAGGGGCUGGACCUGGGACAUGGCAGUCGGCAGGUUCUGGGGGAUCCAGGAGACGCGGCCCUACAUGCAGGCACGCUUCGGAUAUAUCGGAACGCUCAUGUCGAUAAACACGGUUGACGGCAUCGAGAUGGCGUUGAACCACCAACUGGACAUGCUGCGGCUGUGCCGCGGCGACAACAUGGGCAUCCGGAGCUACCCGCCGCACCUGAUGAUCCGUCUCAGGCGUGACCAGGAGGCGUAUGACUUUGUAAAGUGGUGGGCCGUGACAGCCGAGAACAGCCACUACGACUGGGGCAGCAUGGAGCUCCCGCACAUGAACCUCAAGGGCGAAGACGCGUUCGAAGGGGUGAGCAAGUUCGCGAAGCGCUUCGGCUCGCUCAGCCACAAGAUGGCCGUGACGCUUCUGAAAGUGCGGCUGUACCUCGACCUGCGCGACCUUCGCAACGUCGACCGCGCCUUCAAGGACGUCCUCCCGCAGGAGGUGACGGACAGCAUCAAGUGGCACGUGGUGCGGACGGAUGUCGUCGGCGCGCGGCGCGACCUGAUUGAGAAGACAAACACGGCGGCGGCGACAGGCCGGCUAUUGGAGGCGCUAAAGGAGCAAAUCACGACAAUGGUCAGGAACGUGAAGGAGUCAAACAGCCACAUGUGGCCGGGAAUGUUCAACCCGCGGACGCUGCUGCCCGAGCUGCCAGACAUGUUCACGAUGGGCUCGCUCGAGGAGACGACGCUGACAUGGGCGGAAUGCGCCAAGGGAUGGACAGAGACGCCGGGGUCGUUGGCGGUGGUGAAGGCAGCCGGGGCGGCCUAG